CACAUUUUCCUGCACACUCCAUUCGGUUCAGAGCCUCACAGCAACCUCUGGGGGGAGAUGUUGAGAUCACGCAGGUUUUACGAGGAAAUGACAUUGGGGCGACCUCGGCGACGGCAGGGGGCUCAGGUGUGUAGGAGAAUGCAAGCCUGAGGUUCCCCUCAAACAGACGGAACAUGCCCCAGAGCUUCAAAGCGGACAACAUUGCCCUGAAAUGUGAAGACUCUGGCAAACCUAACAAGCACAACUACAAACUACAGAAAGGUUUUACUGCUGCGUACCCAACUCAAUCUUCCAUUCCUUAUAAAUACAGAACAGCAAUAAUCCUAGAAUCAGAAAGAAAGGGAUUUAACAGCCAAGCCAGGAGAUUCUACAACAAAAAGGAUGACAUCCCGGGCCCUGGGUUCUACAACGUCAUCCACCAGUCUCCAGUGUUCAACAGCGUCUCUCUUUCCAACAGAGGAACCUGCAUGUUCCCCUCCACGUGUGCCCGGCUGGACGACAACAUUUCUAAAUAUCCCGCUGCCAAUGCAUACACCAUCCGCUCAGAGUUGUCUUCCAAGAAGGACUUCAGCAACUCAUGUUCCAGCAUGUUCCAGCUGCCAAGCUUCAUGAAAGUGGUCAAAUCGGGAAACCCUGCCCCAAACCAUUACUAUGCCUCCGUCCCUGGCUGCAAACAAAGAAACAAUGUCUCUCCUCAAGUUGGGUUUCUGUCAAAAACAGAAAGAGGAGUCUUCCCUUUGACCAGAUCCGGAGGGCCAGCUCCAGGGCAUUACAAUGUCAAUGAAUCACUGGUGAAGCGUUCACCGAAGAUCUUAGUGUCCUGCUUCAAAUCCAAAACUGGCCGUGGAUUAAAACUGACAUCAACAGGCCCAGGGCCUGGCUACUACAACCCCAACGAUCAAACCAAGAUUCUGAAAAAGCCUCAUGUCCCGAAAGGUACGCUCCUGAACUUCUCUGCCCACCCUCUGCCUCUGCCCCCAAAGCCACCUCUGCCCGGGCCUGGUCAGUACGAUAUUGUGGACUACGAGGGACCCCCUAAGCAUUUCAUCUCCAGUGCAUCAUUUGUGUCCAAUACCAGCCGGUGGCCAGUGUUGUCAUCCAGACCAAGCCUACCUGGCCCAGCCACAUACAAGCCAGAGAUCCCAGGGAAGCAAUCCUUCCUCUACAAUGAGGACAACAAAUGGAUCCCAGCAAUAUAGGAUGCCACAGCAGCUCCGGGAGAUGCUCGUGCAGCUGGGCCCUCGAGCCUGCUCCCCAGGACACCCAUCACCAGAACCCACCUUUCCUCCGUCACCCAGCCCAGGGUCACAUACUGUCUGGAGCUGCCUUCUGGAGACUGGCCACCCCUGCCCCUCCCAUGCUUUCCUGAGCAGAAAGGAAGAGAGGCAGAGCUCUCUGACUACCUCCACGUCAGCCUCCAAGCUGGUUUUGGGGACUCCCCUCCCCAGAGUUAAGGGAUCUUGAAGCACAGACGCUGAUAUGGAACCUCGGCCUACUUCCCUGUAGUGAAGUCCUUGCUUAGAAACCAAUCAACCAGUGCUCUGAGGCCUGGUCCGUGAGCCCUGACCUCCAGUUGUCCUUGACUUCUGGGAGGCAGGAGGCUCAGAGGGGCCUGCAAUGGGAGCACAGGCCAUUCCCUGGGAACCCCUGCCCUCUGCUGUGCCUUGUUAUUGCA